AUGUACUCCAUUCGCAACCUGUCAUCAAUGAGGUACCGGGAGCAGUCUGAGGAAGAUGGGGUGGAGGACAUGACCCAGUUGGGAGAUCUCCAUGAAGCCUCUGUACUCUACAACCUCAAACAAAGGUUUGGUAGAGAAUUAGUUUAUACGUACAUUGGCAGCAUCCUGGUGUCUAUAAACCCCUAUAAGAUGAACAACAUCUACGGGACAGACGCGGUGCUGCAGUACGAAGGGAGAGCGCUGGGAGAGAACCCUCCCCAUCUUUUUGCUAUUGCAAAUGUUUCUUACACAAAAAUGAUGGAUGCCAAACAGAACCAAUGCAUUAUAAUCAGUGGUGAAAGUGGCUCUGGAAAGACAGAAGCCAUGAAGCUAAUCCUCCGGUACCUGGCAGCGAUUCAUCACAAACGCAACAUCACACAACAGAUUCUUGAAUCAACACCCCUAUUGGAGUCAUUUGGAAAUGCCAAAACUGUUAGGAACGAUAACUCAAGCAGGUUUGGGAAAUAUGUGGAGAUCUUUCUGGAGGAGGGAGUAAUCAACGGUGCCAUAACCUCACAGUAUCUUCUGGAGAAGUCUAGGAUUGUAUUUCAGGCCAAAAAUGAAAGAAACUACCACAUUUUCUAUGAGAUGCUUGCAGGCCUUUCUGCCCAACAGAAGCAGAAGUUGUACAUCCAGGAGGCAGAGACGUACUAUUACCUCAACCAGGGAGGCAACUGUGAAAUUCCUGGGAAGAGCGAUGCUGAAGACUUCCGGAGGCUCCUGAGCGCAAUGGAGAUCCUGGGGUUCAGUGCUGAGGACCAGAACAGUAUCUUCAGGGUCCUGUCCUCCAUCCUCCACCUCGGAAAUGUUUACUUUGAGAAAUCUGAGAUAGACUCCCAGGAGGUGGCGUCAGUGGUCAGUGCCCAGGAGAUCCGCGCGGUGGCUGAACUUCUGCAGAUCUCUCCAGACGGGCUGCAGAAGUCCAUUACCUUCAAAGUAACUGAGACAAUGAGAGAGAAAAUCUUCACUCCCCUGACAGUGGAAAGUGCAGUUGAUGCCAGAGAUGCCAUUGCCAAGAUCCUGUACUCCCUUCUCUUCAACUGGCUCACAGACAAAAUAAACCAAGUGGUGUACCCAAAGAACGAGGCCUUGUCUAUCGCCAUCCUCGACAUCUACGGAUUUGAGGAUCUCAGCUUGAACAGCUUUGAGCAGCUGUGCAUCAACUACGCAAACGAGUACCUGCAGUUCUUUUUUAACAAGAUUAUCUUCAAGGAGGAGCAGGAUGAGUAUACUAGAGAGCAGAUCGACUGGAAGGAAAUCUCCUUUAGUGACAACCAGCCCUGCAUUGACCUCGUUGCCCAAAAGCCUUACGGGAUCCUCAGGAUUCUGGAUGACCAGAGCUGUUUCCCUCAGGCAACGGACAACACCUUCCUUCAGAAGUGUCACUACCACCAUGGCAGCAACCCCUUGUACUCCAAGCCAAAGAUGCCUCUGCCUGAAUUCACCAUCAAGCAUUUUGCUGGCAAAGUCACUUACCAGGCUCACAAGUUCCUGGAUAAGAACCACGACCAGGUCCGUCAGGAUGUUCUGGAGCUCUUUGUCAGCAGUAAGAACAAGAUGGUGGCAAACCUGUUCUCGAACCACAGGCAUGCCCUGAGCCAGCAGAAGAACAUGAGCAAGAGUACCACCAUCACCCGCCGUUAUCAAGCCCCCACCGUGGCAGCCAAAUUCCAGCAGUCGCUCCUGGAGCUUGUGGAGAAGAUGGAGAGGUGCAGUUCUUUCUUUGUACGCUGUAUCAAGCCAAACCAUAAAAAGGAGCCAAGCCUGUUUGAAACAGAAGUUGUUAGCAACCAGCUGCGCUACUCUGGCAUCAUGGAGACCAUCCGGAUCAGGAAGGAAGGCUAUCCCGUCCGGAUCCCAUUCCAGACCUUCAUAAACCGGUACAAGUCUCUGCUGGGGUCGAAGCAGGAGAUCCUGCCAGACGGAGAGAGCUGUGUGGCGAUGCUCAAGAAGCUGUGUCCACUCAAAAAAGGGACGUACCAAGUUGGGGUCAGCAAGUUCUUCAUGAAAGAGGAAUUGCACCAGCUCUUGGAGAGUAAGCGUGACCGUGUCCUCCAUGUGGCGGCGCUCACGCUGCAGCGCUACACACGCAUGUUCCUGGUGAGGAGGCGGUACCAGUCCAUGCGCAGGAAGAUCAUCAGACUGCAGGCUCACGCCCGGGGGUACAUGACCAGAAAACGUUUUGUGAAGAUGAAAGCGAGCCUGAUCAAGUUCCGCUCCCUAAUCCACAUGUAUGUGAACCGAAAGAGAUACAUCAAGAUGAAGGAAGAGGCUCGCAGACGUGCAGAAGAAGAGCAGGAGAAAAUUGCAAGGGAGCUGACAAAGAGAGAAGUUGUCAACGUGACACACUUGGUCAUUCCAGCAGAUCUAGGAGGUUUACUGCAGGCCACAGCAGGUGGGAAAGAAGUCCAUUGUGAUUGCCUGGCCGUGAUACAGGCUCCCAAAGUGCAGGAGGAGUCCCAGCUUACACUGCCCCUGGAUAUCAACAACUACCCCAUCUCCAAAUACGUGCAGGUGCACUUUAAGGAGGCUUACUUUGGUAUGCUGACGGCCCCCCUCGAAUCCCCUUUGACCCUUGUGGAAGAUGAUCUCAAGCAGGAAGCCAUGGAUGUCUUUAUCAUGGUCCUGCGGUUUAUGGGGGACCCUCACCUCAACGGUGCUCAGGAGAACCUGUUUGGGAACUAUAUCAUUCAAAAGGGGCUGUCCACUCCGGGGUUACGGGAUGAGAUCCUCUCUCAAAUAGCCAAUCAGGUCUGGAAGAACGCCAACAACAUCAAUGCCGAGAGAGGCUGGCUCCUAUUGGCUGGCUGCCUGAGUGCCUUUGCGCCAUCUCCUAAACUGGAAAAAUACCUUCUCAAGUAUGUCUCAGAUCACGCCUAUGAUGGAUACAAGUCUGUUUGCCAGCACAGGCUGAUGCAGGCUAUGCAGAAGUCUCAGUAUGGGCCGGAGACAGCAAGGACCUAUCCCCUUACUCUGCUGGAGUGGACAGCCAAUAGGAAAAGGGCUAGCAUGGUCCUGCAGGUGUACUGCUUUGAUGGUGAGAACUUCUUAGGUCCAGUUCACUCCUGGACCACCGGAGAGGAGCUGGCAGGGGAUAUACUCCGGCACAGGGCAGUCUCGGAGGGCUGGAGAGGCUGGUCAGUCUGCAUGAAGGAACAGAGUCAGUGGGCAGAGCUGGCCGGGCACGACUACGUCAUGGAUCUGAUUUCAGACCUGGAGUUAAUGACCGACUUCCCCAAACAGAAAUCCUACUUCCUCAUCUCCGCGGAGGGUCAAGCCAGAGCCAGAUCCAAUGGCAAAGUCAGUGUGUUUGGAAAUGGCUUUGAUUCUGAUGAGGACACUGCCAUGCCCCAGGCUGUGAGAGCCAGCGCCAUGCCCCCUUCCAGCCUGCCAGACUCGGAUGGAUACUACAGCCAUGUAGACUCAGACACAUUCAGCGAGCCUCCUUCUCAGAAGGGAAUGGACCGCUACCUCGACAGCCUGUUUGAGCCAGUCUUGUCUUAUGGAAAUGGGGACCUGGAAAAGCCUUCCACUAUGUCAACCAGUAUGAAGGGGGGAGGCAAGGUUGGUGGCGGGACCAGGGACGGGGAGCAGCCCAAUAACACUGGUCCUGCUCCCUCUGGGCAGCCCACAGUAGUGCCAGUGAUGUCAGUGAUGGGAGGGAUGAUGCCAGGGAUGCAGACAAUGCCCAUCAUGCCAACAUUCCCUAACACGCCAGCUUACAGUGGAACGUUCUCUAACACGCCAGGCAUGGAUCAGUCCCUACUGGCUCAGCAACAAGCCUUCAUCAACCAGCAAGCUUUGAUGCUGGCCCAGCAGAUGACUAUGCAAACCUUGGCUCUCCAGCAGCAGAUGACCAGUCCACUGUCCAGUCCUGUCGGCAGUCCGGUCGGCAGCUACCCCCCCAGCCCACUCUUCCCGUCCCCCUACAGCACCUCCGCAACGCCCCCCCUCCCUAGGGCUGCAGUGCCGGCUCCGAAUAAACCACCAAGAUCUAGCCAUGCCAAACCAGUAGCAUCCCCAGCCCCCAGUAAGGAGAAGCCAGUCAUCAAGUCCACUCCUGCCUCCUCUGGUCCCUCCCGCGUCGCCCCAGCACAGGAGCCCGUGAGUCACAGGGUCGUGACCUCUGAACCCUUCCCGGAGCCGAGUCACAACAUCAAGGACAUCAUCAAGCAGUACCAGCCACCCACUCCACACAACAACGAGCUGGUCAGUGCCCUCUGUUUAAACACAGAUGUAGUGAAUAUAGGAAGCUGUUUCAGCUCCACUGCGUUCUCUCGUUCUUGUAGAAAGGAGCCUGGGAAGGUGUUUGUGAAGAAGCUGGAUCCCCACGAUGAGGCCAUGUUGAUCUUGAAGGGGCAGAUGCCUCCUCAGACACAACAGAAGAUGGCCCCUGCUGCUGCUCCUGCUACCCACCCUGCCGCUCGCCCUGCUGCUCACCCUGCAGCUCACCCUGCCGCCAGCCCUGCCACUCACCCUGCAACCAGCCCUACCACCAGCCCUGCCACCCGCCCCUCUGCUGCCACAGACAAGGAAUCCCAGGAAACGGUUGCCAAGUUGAAACCUGUCACCAGUACCAAGCUAAAGAAAGUAAUGCCAGCAGGGUCUGCACAGAGCUCCUCCGCCAUGGCAGCUGUCUCCAGGCAGCUUCCGGUGGAAGAUGAGAAGAUUCAAACCCAGUUACACAGGAAGAGCAGUGAGGAGUACUACACCUAUAACAACGUGCCCUGGAAGAUCUACAUCAGGAAGGAGGUUUUCUAUCCUAAAGACAGCUUUAACAACCCUUUAGUGCUGGAUCUCAUCUUCAAACAGGUUGUGAGCGAUGCAUUCUCAGAGUCCUGCAUCAGGAUAACCAAAGAGGAACGGUUGAAAAUGAGGGCUUUGUUAGCUGAAAACAAGGUGGAUCUGAACUCUGUGAUCAGAGAGGAGAGCGUCAAGAAGAGAGUGGUCACUGCGGCCAGAGACACCUGGGAUGUCUACUUUUCACGCCUCUUCCCUGCCGCUGGCAGUGUUGGCACAGGGGUGCAGAUCCUGGCUGUGUCCCAUCAGGGCAUUAAGCUGCUGAAGGUGAUGAAGAGUAGCGGAACCAUCGCAGAGCAUUUCAGGGUCCUCCGAGCCUACAGCUACACUGACAUCAUGUUUGUGACCAUCCCCUCGAAGAACAUGCUGGAGUUCAACCUGACCAACGAGAAGCUCAUUCUAUUCUCAUCCAGAGCCCCGCAUGUCAAGAACAUGAUCGACCACUUCAUCACUGAGCUUAAGAAGGACUCGGACUAUGUGGUCGCCGUCAGAAAUUAUGUCACAGACGACAGGACUCUGCUCAGCUUCCAUAAAGGUGACAUCAUCCGUUUACAGCCAAUGGAUGGCCUUGAGACAGGCCACUGCUAUGGUUGCAUUGUCAGGAAGAAGGUGAUGUAUCUGGAGGAACUGAAGAGGGGCACAUCUGACUUUGGCUGGAAGUUUGGGGCGAUCCACGGUCGGGCGGGGAUAUUCCCAGCGGAGUACGUUCAGCCCGUGGCAGCGCCCAACUUCAUCAACCUGCCAGUGGACAGGAAGGAGGAGCCCAAGAACAAGCAGGGCAAGGUGGCAGCGUCGGCCGCAGUGGCGGUGGCUGUGGUGUCCACAGCUGCAGCUCACGAACUGGACCAAACCACUGAGGAUUCUCCGGCAGUCAGCCAGUACAUAGAGACUCUGGGGGACUACCCUGGCGUGGAGCUGGACGAAGCGAUCCUGCAGGACAGCCAAUACACCAUGGUAGAGUUUGCCAAGAAAUACUUCAGGGAAGCCCAGAGGAAAAAGAGUGAAUCUUAUAAGCAGAAAUCAAAGAAAGGGAAAGAUUUACGAGAUCCUGCUGAUAUGGUGAAGUAUACCAAGUCUCCAAUCCAGGAGUCCCUGAUUGAGUUCAGUGAUGACAACAUGAAUAAAGUUGCAGCAGACGUUUUCCUCGCAAUCAUGAAGUUCAUGGGAGAUUACCCUCUGAAGGGACAGACUGAGCGGGAUGUCAUCGGCAUCAUUUUAAAGCACUGUGGAGAGCAUGCAGUCAUGAAGGAUGAGACAUACUGCCAGAUCAUCAAACAGGUCACAGGCAACACCAGCUCCAAACCGGACAGCUGCCAGAGAGGGUGGAGGGUCCUGUACAUACUCACAGCGUACUACAGGUGCUCUGAGGUCCUUAAACCCUUCCUCUUACGAUUCCUACAGAACAUCUGCAGGAGUCCAGGGCUCCACUUCCAAGGGAUCGCUAAGGCUUGCGAACAGAACCUGAGAAAGACUUUCCAGUUCGGGGGACGUGUUGAAUUCCCCAGCGGGAUGGAACUCAAGGCGAUGGUGGCUGGUAGGAGCUCAAAGCGGCAGCUGUUUCUACUGCCAGGAGGAAUCGAGAGACACCUCAAAAUCAAAACUUGCUCUGUUGCCCUUGAUGUCAUAGAGGAGCUGUGCUAUGAAAUGGCCCUGCACAGACCUGAGGCCCUGGAUGAGUAUGCCAUCUUCGUGGUUACGAACAGAGGCCAGAAUGUCCGUCCCUUGAACAAGAAAGAAUACAUCCUGGACAUAGCCACAGAGGCGGAGCAGAUAGACGGCAACUACAGUUUCUGGUUCAGGAGAGUGAUCUGGUCCCAGCCCCUGAAGUUUGACAAUGAGCUUUAUGUCACCAUGCACUACAAUCAGGUCCUCCCAGAUUACCUGAAGGCUCUUCUCACUGUGCUCCCCCAGGGGAAGGUGAGCGAGCCGCAGCUGCAGCAGAUAUCCAAGCUGGCAGCUCUGCAACACCGCGCCAAGGACAGCAUCUACCUCCCCACCAUCCGGGAGGUUCAGGAGUACAUCCCGCCCCAGUUUUCUGGGCAGCAGCGUCCGCAGCUAUGGCUGAACAUGGUGACCCAACACAUGCAGCAGGUCCAGGCACUCAGUCCUCACCAGGCCCGGGCACAGUUCUUAGGCCUGGUGAGUGCAUUCCCAAUGUUUGGGUCCUCCUUCUUCUACAUCCAGAGCAGCAGUAACAGCUCCAUCGUCUCUCCCUGUGUCCUGGCCAUAAACCAGAACGGACUCAACUUCCUCAACAAGGAGACCCAUGAGCUGACGGUGAAGUUUCCUCUGAAGGAAGUGCAGUCCACCCGAACCCAGAGGCCAACAGCUGGCUCCAGCGUCCCCUACGUGGAGAUCAUGCUGGGAGACCUGAUGUCACAGCGCAUCACCCAGCUGCAACUCGAACAGGGGUUGGAGCUGUGUCGUGUCAUUGCCAUGCACAUGGAUAACCUCCUGUCUGCCCGUGAGAAGAGACUGACUCUCCCACCUAGUGAAAUCACUCUGCUCUAACCAGACACAAUCACGACGCAAACCAACUGCACAGUCAACAGGGCCGAUACUGGUCUGCAGCCCCACAAAAACAAAACCAGUAGAUGCUGUAUGCUUUGAAUCUUUUAUACAAGAGUGUUAGAGGAGGCAACCCCCCAACUCAUUUCUAUCUACCUCUUCUUUAAAUAAAAACAGUAAUUGAGCCCCUACCCUCAACUCUGUGAGAUUUGUUUUGCAUGUGUGUAUUUGCAGUUAUGUAAUAGUCCUUAGUCGUCCCCCCCCCAAUGUUUAAUGCACUCCAAAAAUAUUCUAAACCAAGCAUGCAUGUCCCUUCAUAGAACCUUGAUCUGUCUUUUACUUUGUUUUGCAAAAAAUUGUAAAAUACCAUAACAUCAUUUUUAUCAAUGCCUUAAUCAGCUGCUGGUUUUAAUAAAUAUUAUGUUAC